CAAAAAAAACACGCGAAGUUCUGUAAUGAAAACGAACCAAACAGCUAAACUAGCACCUGAUUUAACCAUGUGGAGCACUCACGUCUGGCGGUGAACGAGCUACUGAACCGGCCCCGUCUGCACCAUGAAUCUAAGAGGACUCUUCCAGGACUUCAACCCCAGUAAGUUCCUGAUCUACUCCUGUCUGCUGCUCUUCUCCGUGCUGCUGUCCUUGAGGCUGGAUGGAGUCAUCCAGUGGAGCUACUGGGCUGUGUUCACCCCGAUAUGGCUGUGGAAGCUGUUGGUCAUCAUCGGGGCCUCUGUCGGCACUGGAGUCUGGGCGCACAACCCCCAGUACAGGGCUGAAGGGGAGACAUGUGUGGAGUUCAAAGCCAUGCUGAUCGCAGUGGGGCUCCACGUCCUGUUGCUGAUGUUCGAGGUGUUGGUGUGCGACCGUGUGGAGAGAGGAAACUACUACUGGCUCCUCGUCUUCAUGCCGCUCUUCUUCGUGUCGCCCGUCUCUGUAGCAGCAUGCGUCUGGGGGUUCAGACACGACCGCUCCCUCGAGCUGGAGGUGUUGUGUUCAGUUAACAUUCUCCAGUUCAUCUUCAUCGCUCUGAGGCUGGACAAGAUCAUCCACUGGCCGUGGCUGGUGGUGUGUGUCCCGCUGUGGAUCCUGAUGUCCUUCCUGUGCCUUGUUGUUCUCUACUACAUCAUCUGGUCUGUCCUCUUCCUCCGCUCCAUCGACAUCAUCGCCGAGCAACGGCGGACCCACAUCACCAUGGCAAUCAGUUGGAUGACCAUUGUCGUACCCCUUCUCACCUUUGAGAUCCUCUUGGUGCACAAGCUGGACGGCCACAACAGUCUGAGCUACGUGUGUGUGUUCGUCCCGCUCUGGCUCUCUCUGCUCACACUCAUGGCCACCACGUUUGGCCAGAAGGGGGGAAACCACUGGUGGUUUGGCAUCCGCAAGGACUUCUGCCACUUCUUGUUGGAGCUCCUCCCCUUCCUCCGAGAGUACGGCAACGUGUCCUACGACCUCCAGCGCAGCGAGGACCCUGAGGCGGUCGAGGAUAUGCCCGUUCCCGAGCCGCCACCAAAGAUCGCCCCCAUGUUCCACAAGAAGACCGGCGUGGUGAUCACACAGAGCCCUGGGAAAUACUUCGUCCCGCCACCUAAACUGUGCAUCGACAUGCCUGACUAAACUGUACACCAGAGCUAAAAGGGGGACUGCUGUACUGAUGUGCUACAGCAGAGGACAUUGUUUGGUUUUUUGUCCCCUCACCUAAACUCUGCAUUUUACGGCUGUCUAGAGUGACGCAUAAGAGCCAAUAUGGUAAUGAUUAAUCCAGAAUCCUCAUAUUGGCCGUUUCAAAGUAAAGAGCGCCCCGGCCUAACUCUGUCGUGGAUUUCAUCAUGGAACCAAAAGAACGGAUUUUUGUUGUUCUCCUGUAGGUGAAGUUUCACUUUGUUGCUUACGAUAGACAUUUAGGGGGAACCCGACCACAAGUACACAAGUGUCUCAAAUUCACUUGGAUAUAAAUGUUUAGGCUGACAUGACUGAUGAGACAAAACGGAAGAGCUGGAUCUGCGUGGACUUGAAUGUUUGACUCUUAACAGCAGUAUAGUUUUGAUUCAGACACACUUCAAACCUAAAGCAAAGAUGCACUUGUCCUGUGUCAUGAUGGGGACCAGGGGAGAGACAAUGUACUGUAAUUACUUCCCACAUUUGACCAUGCAGUUGGAGAGAAUGAGGGAGGUGGGGUUAAAGACAGGGUUCUGAUUUUUUUCAGGCAUCUGUUUGUGCAAUGCUUGCGAGCUCAUUUGUAUACUGAAAGAAUAAUUGGUCUCUGCAAAUGUCCUCCUGUUCAUACUGGCUGUGAAGUGAACUCCACAGUUCUCCCAGUAUGGAAGGAGGAAUGUUUUCAAAACCUAUUUCAAUGUACAUAUGCAAUGCUAAGAUUUUUUUUUUAAGGCAGACCUAAACAGAUUUGAACGUUUCCUUCAAAAAAAGAAAAAGAAAAUGGCACUUUGAGAGGUCAGACAGGAUUCAUCUUGGAACAGAUUAACAUUUGUUUUGUAUUCCUAUUUUUUUGUAAAUAACAGAAGUUGUCAAGUUGGGGACCAUACUGGAGCUGACAGGGUUGAAGGUUUGAGGCAGACCUGUAAAAAAACGAAAUGAAACAAGUAUUAGCAAACAAUCAUCCACUUCUUUUAAUUAAACACGUAAUACCAUCUGUGCUAAGAGUCAAUCUAUGAAAUCAAGACAUUCUUAAACAAAUUGGAGACCACAAAUUAGGAUUCUCAAUUGACUUUUUCUGUGAUUUAUCCAAACUUUGCCACAUACAUUAAGUCUGUGAAUAGCAAAUACUGUAUCUCCCAUAUGGGACCUCCAAAUUCACAUAUGCGUAAUUUCAAUGUGAUUUUGUAGCCAUCACAUUGUCCUAAUAGCAUACCGUAGAACAUGUAAAAGCUUUGCCGCUGCUUUUUUUUCGCUGCACCUAAGCUGUGCAUUUUCAAAUUGGUUUUACUUAGCUUAUACAAAACAUACAAAUACCUUUUUAAUCCAAAUCUAAUGAGUAGAGAGGUUACCUCCUGAGAUCCCCUCUAGGUGUGCACAUUGCCAGAUUUCCUCAAUUUAUGAAAUUACUCAAAAAAGCAAAAACGUUUUCUUAUUUUUUCCAACAGCCUGAUAGCUGGAGCAUCAAGCUGUCUGUCUGUAUGUUUUUUUUCUACAUGGUGUUUUAUUUCCAUUAAAUUGGCCUGAUUUAAUAA